AUUUAGGCGUCAAUAAGACAGCACCCGAACGCCACAACUAAGCACAAAACAGCAGUUUGGAUAGGUGAAAGGGUACAUGAAACGAUAAAAAGGAGUACAUUCAGUUGUCCGUGCCAUUUCAAUUUACAUGGUGGUCGGUGGGGUACACGAAACGAUAAUAAGGAGUACAUUCAGUUGUCCGUGCCAUUUCAAUUUACAUGGUGGUCGGUAGACAUAAACGGAUUCGUAAACAAAAGUAAAAGUGAACAAGUUUCUAUGGAAUAUGAUUUACAUUUUUGCAAAUUUUUGUCAUACUUAUAAGGAAAAUAGGUCCGUUAUAAGAGAAUUCCGAUGCCAAACUGACCAAUUUUACUACUUUCUCCGUACCACAUAUUUAUCAUUAACUGCAAGAUUACACUAAUGAAAAGGCAAGAAUGGGAGGCAAACCGAGUACUAUUCCAAAGAAGGAGCUCCAGGAUAGAUUUCAUCUGACAAACCAACAAUAUGAUGAUUUAAAACAAAUUUUCAAAGAAAACUCCAAAGGCAAAAGUGAAUUAUCUAAAAAGGAAUUUCGACGUGUCUAUAGUGGACGUUUUCCUGGGAACGCCACUAAGUUUGCAGAUAAGAUGUUUGACUGCUUUGAUACGGACGGCAGUGGAACUGUAGAUUUUACUGAAUUUGUGAUUGGAAUAUGUAUGAUGGACAGUGAUAAAGUCGAAGAUAAAAUCAAUAUUGCAUUUUCUUUAUUCGAUUCCGAUAAAAGUGGAUCUAUAGACAGAGUCGAAGUCAGAGAUCUACUACGGGCUUACAACGACCUGUUUGGGACCUCUGCGAACGAAAUAAAUCCACAAACAGUAGCAAAUCAGUUGUUCGACGCCAUGGACAGAAAUAAUGACGAUUCAAUUUCCAAAGAAGAGUUUACAUCAGCUGUGCAUAAGAUACCAGAACUUCUUAAUCUCAUACGACCUGAUCCUGGAGAUUAAAAAUUGUGAUCCGUAAAAAAAUCUAUCUGUUCUACACAAUGAAGUUGAUUUAAAAACGGGUUAAAACUUACAGCAUUUCUCCGUCAUUUUAAUCUAUUGUGUGCUUUAUGAUCAAAUCUAAAAAAAGACUAUUCAAAUAUUUUGAAAUUAGUAUGAUAGUCUUAUCACAGAAUAUAUCAUGUAACCUGAUGUCAUUUGCUAGAACUAGUAAAAGAACGUCUAUGUAACGCAUGCAUUUCCAUUCUCAAUUCUAUUUUAAAAUUAAAUCACUAUAGAUUGAA